AGAAAGCAUCUCGACCAUGACGUUGAAAUUGCGCUUGGCCUCGGUCUUUGACAAUCCCAAUUGCCUGCUGGGACGCAGGAAUCGGCAUCAGUUCCUGGUCACCUUGCUGGUCAACAUAGCCACUUUCUCGCAUGGCCUGGGCGUGGGUUGGAUGUCGCCGGUGAUGAGGGAUCUUCAGACGGACGAGUCACCCCUGAAUUUCCCCGUGCUGGUGGGCCAGGUCUCUUGGAUAGGAUCUUUGGUGGGCAUUGGCAGUGUGGUGGGCAAUCUGCUGGCCGGAUUUCUACAGGAUCGUAUUGGACGCAAGCCGGUUUUGUUCUUUAUUGCCAUGCCCUACACGAUCUUCUGGUGCCUGGUUUAUUUCGUCCAGAGUGUGGAGUUCCUGUACAUUGGCAGACUGAUGGCCGGCAUGACUGGUGGCGCCUGUUACGUCGUUCUUCCGACCUUCAUCAGCGAGAUUGCUGACACCAACGUGCGCGGUCGUCUGGGCUCCAUUAUCUUACUAUCGGUGAACUCGGGAGUUCUGGCGGGUUAUAUUGUGUCUACAAGUGCGGAUUACUACACAUCUCCCCCGUUCAUUCUCGCCCUGCCAGUUUGCUAUUUCAUCUGUAAUUUUCUGUUUCCCGAAACCCCACAUCACCUUAUUCGCAAGGGCAAAUUCGAAGCGGCCAAAAGGUCGUUUAUGUUCUACAAAAAUAUUAAGAGAGAUGACCUCAAGGCUGAGAGUGAAUUCGAGGAACUCAAGUAUCUCCUUACCAAAGAAGAGACAGAGAAGGCUAAGUCAUACGAUUACAAGGAUUUUAUUACCAAACCUGCAUUUAAGGCCUAUGCUUCUGCCGCUGCCCUGCUAAUAUCCAAUCAAUUUAGUGCCAGUUUUUGUGUUACCACCUAUUUGUCGGACGUCUUUGCAGCCUCUUAUACCACUCUGAAUCUGAGUAUGUGCACCAUUAUCAUCGGAGUCCUUCAGAUCGUGGGAAAUUAUGCGACCACCCUGCUGUGCGAUAAGUACGGACGCAGGAUCCUCAUGCUGAUCUCCACAUCCGGUGCCUCUAUUUGCCUGACUGCCUUCGCCAGCUACACUUACUUUGCAAAGAGGUAUGAUCUCUCGGUGGUUGGAUGGCUACCACUCGUGAUCCUAUCCUUUUUCGUAUUCCUCUGCAAUAUCGGUAUGGUGGGAUGUCUCUUUGUGGUCCUCGUUGAGCUCUUUCCCUCAAAGAUCCGAUCGGUGGGAGUCUCAACCUUUGUGGUCAUCCUUAGCAGCACCGUGUUCCUCACUCUGAAAAUCUUUCCCAUCUGCAUGGCUGUUUGGGGCAUCUCUGUUACCAUGUGGUGCUGUAGUGGCAUUACGUUUUCCUGCUUUCUCUACUUUUGCUUCUUUCUGGAAGAGACCAAAGGCAAAUCGCUACUGGAGGCUUAGUUUAUUUGUCGGAAAGAUAAUGGUUUUAUCAAAUUUGUCGCACCCGUGCGAUUAGUCUAAGCCAGUAGCUAUCUUUACGGCCAGAGGAUACCGACCGGAUACUUAAGCCGAUUUCUCAGUAGAAUGCCCUUUCAGUGAGCAGAGAUACCUGGCCAAUGCAAGACUGAAUAAAGAUCAGGGUCUUUUUUUUGUAUAUAACAA